AAGACAUAGAGCACAUGCCUUCCCGUAUCCACCUCCUCCUCCUAAAAUCUUUCCACACACACGCCACCAUUUCUGGAGCCGCGCGGUUAGCUCCGCCCUGCCGUGAUUCUUUGUGUCGCGAGCGCAGAACCAACAGCCCGCCAUUGUGCAAGUGAAAGCGAGCGAGCGCAGGCCUGAAGAACGGUGUAACGCGAGAACGGAGAGCCAGCUGCCGCCGCUUCUUCCCACAGCCCGAUCGACGCUUUGCGCCAGCUAAGGGCCGCUCUGGGUAGAAAGAAAUGUCCGCCAGUAGCCUCUUGGAACAGAGACCGAAAGGCCAAGGAAGUAAAGUUUCAGUGCAAAAUGGAGCUGUCCAUCAGAAAGAUUCGUUAAACGAUGAUGACUUUGAACCUUACCUCAAUCCUCCAGCUAGACAGAAUAAUGCCUAUACUGCUAUGUCGGACUCUUAUAUGCCAGGUUACUACAGUCCUUCCAUUGGGUUUCCAUAUUCCAUGAAUGAAGCAGCGUGGUCUACAGGAGGUGACCCUCCAAUGCCCUACUUGACUACUGCAUCUUAUGGACAGCUUAGCAAUGGAGAACAUCACUUUCUUCCGGAUGCAAUGUUUGGACAGCCAGGAACUCUUGGGAGCACACCCUUCUUGGGCCAGCAUGGUUUUAAUUUCUUUCCAAGUGGAAUUGAUUUCUCAGCCUGGGGAACAAACAGUUCUCCGGGACAGUCAACACAAAGUUCUGGCUAUAGUAGUAGUUAUGCAUAUGCACCCAGUUCGCUAGGUGGUGCCAUGAUUGACGGACAGUCUGCUUUCUCAAAUGAAACGCUUAAUAAAGCACCUGGUAUGAACACAAUUGAUCAGGGAAUGUCUGCAUUGAAACUGGGCAGUACUGAAGUUGCCAGUAGCACCCCUAAAGUUGUUGGUUCUGCUGUAGGCAGUGGAGCAGUUACUAAUAAUAUUGUUGCCUCCAAUAGCAUGCCACCUGCUACUAUUGCCCCACCAAAGCCAACAUCAUGGGCUGAUAUUGCAAGCAAACCAGCAAAACCACAACCGAAGCUGAAAACUAAGAGUGGAAAUGGUAGUUCCAAUCUCCCUCCUCCACCCAUUAAACAUGACAUGAAUAUUGGAACUUGGGAUAACAAAGGGACUGUGGCAAAGGCUCCUCCUCAGGCCCCUGUACAGAACGUUGGUCAACAGCAGAAUCAGGUAUCUCCACAGCCAGUAGGGCAGCAAGCUGUUAAUGGGCAGUCACCACCUCAGCCUGCUCCUGGACAGCAGCAACUGUUGGCACAGUCCGGUGUGCAACAGCAGCAGCACCAGCAGGCCCAGCCAACCCGUUGGGUAGCACCUCGCAAUCGUGGAAAUGGAUUUGGUCAAAAUGGGGUGGAUGGUAAUGGAGUGGGACAGUCUCAAUCAAGUUCUGGCUCUGUUCCUUCUGAACCUCAUCCUAAUUUAGAGAAACUGCGGUCAAUUAACAACUACAAUCCUAAGGAUUUUGAUUGGAACCCUAAACAUGGUCGUGUGUUCAUCAUUAAAAGUUAUUCUGAGGACGACAUUCAUCGAUCUAUUAAAUACAAUAUAUGGUGCAGCACAGAGCAUGGUAACAAGAGACUGGAUGCAGCCUAUCGUUCCAUGAACAAUAAAGGCCCUGUUUACCUUUUGUUCAGCGUCAAUGGUAGUGGCCACUUCUGUGGUGUGGCGGAGAUGAAGUCCGCUGUGGACUACAAUACCUGUGCAGGUGUGUGGUCCCAGGACAAGUGGAAAGGACGUUUUGAUGUGAGGUGGAUUUUUGUGAAGGACGUUCCCAACAGUCAGCUGCGGCACAUUCGCUUGGAAAACAACGAGAACAAACCAGUGACCAACUCCAGGGACACCCAGGAGGUGCCGCUGGAAAAGGCCAAGCAGGUUCUGAAAAUCAUUGCCAGCUACAAGCACACCACAUCUAUCUUUGAUGACUUUUCACACUAUGAGAAACGUCAGGAAGAGGAGGAAAAUGUUAAAAAGGAAAGCGAAUCGUGGAGUAUGGAAUACAGGGUUAAGGAACGCCAAGGACGUGUCAAGUAAAGGACUUCAGCUCUUUUCAGCAGUUGUAUCCUAGUAUGACUGGAUCUUUGGAAGAAAACAAAAAAAACUUUUCUUAAUUUCACUGACUUUACAGACUUUCAAAACUUGUAGUUAUAAAAGGUAUUGGAACUUUAUGAAAUCCAUAGGACUACAAAAAAAUAGUUAAAUAUAGGUGAAAAAAAUGUUCCGUUUCUUUCAGCUUUGGUUGUGAUUUCCAAGCGUAAACUUUCUCAUUUCUUUUUAUUGAGUUUUUGGGUUUUAUGGUCCGUCAGUGACGUAAACCUUAUCUUGAACUUUUGCACGUAAAACACCAAGUUGUACCUUUUCAUCUAGCGUGGAAUGGCCAAACAUUGUUUCCCAGCUUAGAGUGGCAUUUUAUGAAGAAUCUGACUCAUUAGGAGCAAUUCAAACGGUGUCUGCAAAUCUUGUCUCAAGUGUUGCUCAUCUCUUGCCCCUUGCUACUAAAAAAACGUCACGUGAUUGGAGUCUGAGAAUUUUUAACCUUGCAUCACAGAUUGCAGAUGAAGUCUGUCUGUUUUGAUUUAAAGUGGCAAACCAUAUUAAAGAAAAAAGCCUUCUGUUUAUACAGGACUGAACCUGGAAAGUAAACUGUAGUUUAUUUGUUUGGAACUGUUAUUUUUCCCCACUCCUUUCCUGUCCAGCAAAGUUUGAAGUCAUUGAAGACAUGGCAUUGCCUUUCUUUUCAUCAUGAAUCACUGCUACGUAAUAAAUGUGAUAUCCUGUUCAGCAGCA